UGUCUUUUGCGCUCCUUUUUGGCGGGCCGCCCAGUGGCACGGGGCCACCCCGCCGCCCGCGGGCCUCGCGCGCGGAGGGCCGUCCACUUGUCGGCUCCGGGCGGCGCGCCGACACCUCCGGACAUCUCCGGGACACCUCCGCGAAGACCUUAUCGGUGCAGUGCGCCGCGCUGGCCGGGCCGUCCGUGACGUAACGGCGCGACUUAACCUCACCAGCUGAGCUGGCCGCGCGCAGCUGCGCGCCGCGCCACGCCACAUGGAGCCGAGCAGCUCCCGCCCCCGUGACCACGACCGCCCGGGGCCGCGUCACCGUCUCCAUGGCGACGGCGAGGAGCUCCAGCAGCUGUUGUCGUGCGACGACUCGCAGGACUCGGACGCGGAAGAUUCGCCUUUGCUGCGGGGCCCGCGUCGCCUGAGCCUGGAGAAUGCGGAGACCGACGACGAGCAGCGGAUAGUGCCAGCCGAGGGACUGGCGCUUCCUGACGUUGAACGUCAGAGACAUGCCUCUCAUAAGUCCAAGACUCGGUCCAAGACCUCUUGCUGGCCUGCGUCGUUGAAGUAUCCGAAAUCCGUCUUCUUCAUCAUCGGAAAUGAGUUCUGCGAACGCUUCUCCUACUACGGCAUGCGGACAAUCCUGUCGCUGUUCAUGAUCAAAGCCCUCAAGCUCAACGAAGAGAAUGCCACCAUCAUCUACCACAUGUUUGUCAUGUUCUGCUACUUCUUCCCCGUCUUCGGCGCCUUAUUAGCGGACAGCUAUCUGGGGAAGUUCAAAACGAUCGCCUACUUGUCCAUCGUGUAUGCGGCCGGUAACUUCGUCGUCGCCACGGCCUCAGCGACGGACAUCGGCCUUCCCUCGCGGGAGAUGACGUACAUCGGGCUGCUGCUGAUCGCCAUCGGCACGGGCGGCAUCAAGCCGUGCGUCUCGGCCUUCGGCGGCGACCAGUUCGUGCUCCCGCAGCAGGCGCGCCAGCUCGCCUCCUUCUUCAGCGUCUUCUACUUCGCCAUCAACGCGGGCUCGCUCAUCUCCACCUGGCUCACGCCCGAGCUGCGCACCAUCUCCUGCAUGGGCCAGACCACCUGCUUCCCGCUCGCCUUUGGCGUCCCCGCCAUCCUCAUGCUCCUGUCCUUGGUCAUCUUCGUCAUCGGUAGGCCCGGUUACAAGGUCUUCAAGCCACAGGGGAACGUGCUCGUGGACGUCUCCAAGUGCGUUUGGAACGCGCUGACCAACAAGAUGAAGAGCGCGGACAUGAAGAGCCACUGGCUCGAGCACGCCGACGAACGCUUCAGCGAGAAGCUCCGCUCGGACAUCCGCGGCAUGCUCAGGGUGCUGCUGCUGUUCGUGCCCCUGCCCAUCUUCUGGGCGCUCUACGACCAGCAGGGCUCGAGGUGGACUUUCCAGGCCAACAACAUGAACGGCCGCAUCGGCUCGUGGACCAUCAAGCCGGACCAGAUGCAGGUGGUGAACCCGCUGCUCAUCCUGCUGUUCCUGCCGCUCUUCGAGACCGUCGUGUACCCGGCGCUCAACAGGGCGCACCUGCUCACGCGCCCGCUGCAGAAGAUGGGCACCGGCGGCGUCCUGGCCGCCGCCGCCUUCGUCAUCUCGGCGCUGGUGGAGCUGCAACUGCAGGCGCACUAUCCCGUGCCGCUGGAGGCCGGGCUGGCGCAGGUGCGCGUCUACAACAGCCUGCCGUGCGACCUGCAGCUCGCCUACGCCAACGAGACGUUCCCCGUGCGCCGCCUGGAGGCGUGGACGCGCACGGACGUGCCGGCGCCGCAGGGCAACGCCUCCGUCGUGCUGGGGCUCAGCGGCUCCUGCCUGGCCUCGGCCGAGCAGCUCGCCCUCAACCUCGAGGAGGACAAGUCCGUGUCGUUCCAGCUUUACUCGAUCGACCCCGUCUCUCAGAAAGUGGUCAGCGUGCAGUCGAGAAGAGUCGAAGACAUCCUCGAGAAGGACGCCAGUCCUCGAGUGAGGGUCAUGUACCACUUCUCUGAUAGUUCGGAGCACUCUGUGAAAUUCUCGAUGCACGGCGAGCUAAUGUCGAAUAGUAACAAUAUCUCUGGAACCGGUGAUUACGCUCUGGUCCCAGCUUUGGAGCCAGCUGAAUCGUACACCAUAACCGUCGAUGGCAAAGAGGUAGCCACCAACCAACUUUUAGAUGUCGGCGGAGUUUACACUAUUCUAGUCGAUAAUUCGGACGCAGUCGUCUUGGCAGACGUCAAUCCCAAUGUCAUCCACCUCAUGUGGCUGCUUCCCCAGUACAUCGUGAUGUCUGUGGCCGAGGUCAUGUUUUCCGUCACCGGUCUGGAGUUUGCAUUCACACAGGCGCCAGUCAGCAUGAAGUCUGUUCUCACAUCGGCCUGGCUCCUUACUGUCGCCUUCGGGAACCUCAUCGUCGUCCUCAUUACGGAGAUCAGAUUCUUCUCCAGCCAGGCGAGCGAGUUCUUCCUGUUCGCCGGGCUGAUGCUGGUCGUGAUGGUGCUCUUCAUCUGGCUCGCCGUGCGGUACACGUACGUCGAGUCGCAGUCCACGGACGAGGCGCGGGGCGCGCAGCCCGCCGCGGAGCAGACGGACGCGGCCGCCACCAAGACGGACAAGUCUUGAAGCCGUCCGACGGGCGAGGUGAAACCCUCGGGAGGGCCGCCAACUCCCCAGACUGCCCCCGCCCUGCCCAGCUUCGCGGUAGUGACUUCGGCCGACUGCUCGUGAGCUGCGUCAGGCGUCAGAGAGACACGUGGUUUUCUUGCCCUUUGCCUUCGGCAUUGGCGAGUCAACUGUCGUCCACAAGGCAGGACGUAAUUGUAAUUAUCAUUAUUAUUGCUGAGCCAAGCCUGAUGCGCGGGCUUUAACCCAGCCGUCUGUGCAUCUAGCCGGAUGGCGACAAGGACAGCAGCUUAUCUGUGAUGAAAAAUGUAUAUAGACAUGUUGCGGACGAUGUAUUGGUGCGCUCUGAAAUUCUUUUCAAUAUGUUGCAAGAGUGGUCGCUCUUCUUGCUAUUUCUGUAAUUUUCGGCCGCCCCUCUUAAGAAUGUUUUUAAAAUAUUGAUCGAUUUAAUUUUUAAGCUGUGGUACUCACAAGUUUUAAGAGUCACUACAUUUGGUACCCGAGUUGGUGCUAGCAACAUUGUAAAACUGGAGCAUAUUUCAAUGCCUCUGAAUAAUUUAUUUCUGAAGUCUUACAUUUCUAAAUUGUUUUUUUAAAAGGAGAAUGAGCUACAGGGAGGGAAGUUCAGUGUCACUUUUUAAUGGUGCAACAAUUUAAGUUAAGUUUUUUAAAAGUUUAAUAGACUGAAAUAAUUUACACCAAAUUAACAUCACUAAUAAAGAAACUUGAUUGUUU